GAGACAUUCUCAUUUCAAUCUACAGAAAUAUGAGGAUUGUAGCGAGAUGUAAUUAGAAGCCCUAGGCCGUGACAAAAAUGUAUACGAAAUUCAAUGUGUAUUUUUAUGACUGAUUUUCAUCGCGGUUAUCUCUUGAAUCAGCGAAGAGACUUUGAAUGUCACUAAUCACAUGGAUUCAACCACGAAGUCAGUCCCUCGGCGUUCCAAGCGCCCAUCCAAUCUUAAUUCCCAGAAAAUCCACCGAACCCCAAUUACAUCAUUGAUUCCCAAAGAGAAUGAGAAAAUUAAUAAAAAUAUAAGUACUACCCUACAAAAUUCACGGAGAAUGCUUGCCAAGCAGGAGAGUUCGAUGAAUCCUUACAAUAAAUUCGAGUACCCAAUGAUCCCGUAUCAAAUGAGUUUGAAAUUCGAGGAUCUGAUGGCAAAUCCAGAAAACUUAAAACCAGCAGCGUGCAAUCCUCUACUUAUGACACCCACCAAGAAUUGUUUUCAAUAUCCAAUGGAACCGCCCAUCAGCCCAGAAGGAGAUGUUCAGUCAGCCGUAAUUGAAGUCGACAGAUUUGUGGGUACGGGAGAACGUAGGCGGAAACUCUACUAUGCAGUUAAAACUAGAGUUGAAAAUGCAAUAAAGCAACACAAGGUAUUUUUAAUACGCGGAGAUCUGCCAAUGCUGGUGAGAGCACUCGAGGCACGUGGCUGGUUGCAGAAAUACGAAUCUGUUAAAACUCGAAUGCUGCCCUAUGCAGGUGUCAUGAAUCUCAAUUCAAAAUCAUUGGGAGAUAUUAUUCAGGGAGAUGGUUCAUUAAACGAGAAAGCACUUGUAUUUGCUCUUUUGCGAAAUACACCACCAGACUUCAUUUGGGACUGCCGUAAUAAUUUCGAUGAGUGGGACUCUUCGCUGGAGCAUAAUGUUCUCUUAAAUCGUUUCGAAAGAUCUUCAAUUUACACGUCAAAAUUAGGCUUGGCUCGGAUUCUGGAAGAGGCUCAUUGGUUUCACGAGGAGAACAUAUCAAGCCUCCAUUUUCCACGCAGUUACAAUCCUGCGAGAGAAGCAAACGAAUUUAUAGAGGAUUUUCGUCGCACAGCAGCAGUUGGCUUAUUAAAAUGGUUUGUUAUAAAAAACCAAGAGGAACUGGAUACUACGGAAGAGAAACCAACGAUUCCCGUCAGUAGAUUGGAAUUUGCCGUUAAAAUAUGUGAAAGCUAUUUAGCAGAUAUUGAACAUGAAAACAUUGAUGAGAUGGCGAUGCUGGAGAAUACGGAGGACGAGUGGAAUAUUUUCCUUGAGGAUUAUUCCAAUGUUAUCCAUAAGGGUUUUGUAAUAUCUAAUACCGAAGAAGAGGCUCCGGCAAAGCUCGAGAAAUUAUAUUUACUGGGAUCGGAGAUAUUGAAGAAAUUGAAGGAAUUCGAUCCAGAGUAUGAGCUCAAUGGAUUGAGAAAUAUUUGGAUUUUAAAACCGAGCAAUUUAUGUUGUGGCACUGGCAUCAGCAUAUCUCAUUGCAUCAAAGACAUAUAUCGUCAAGUCGAUUGUAAACCUAAGGAUUAUUUCAGCAUACAAAAGUACAUCGAAAGACCACUGCUGAUUGAAGAAACAAAAUUUGACAUUCGAUUGUGGUAUCUUGUGACCAGCACACUCCCUUUAACCAUCUGGCUAUUCGAAGAAGCAUUAUUACGAUUCAGCUCGAAGCCCUACUCGGUUUCCACUUAUCAUGAGGCAAUUCAUCUCUGCAAUACCGCUAUUCAGCAGAAAUAUGACUACGAGAAACGGCGGAGACGUAAAAGAGGAAACACCGAUGAAAUUCAGGAGUCGAUUCGCGAUCAAGGAUGGGAUUGCAAAAUGCUGAACGAGUAUUUAAAAACUCGGGGCUUUAGCGGCGAGCCAUAUUACCACAUUAUAUAUCCGAAAAUGUCAGAGGCCAUUGUGUUGACUAUGCUUGCGGCACAGGAGCAUAUGGAUCGCAGACGAUGCAGUUUUGAACUUUACGGGGCUGAUUUUAUGGUGCUAGAUGAUCUUUCCGUAUGGCUGAUUGAAAUUAAUACGAAUCCACGUAUGCAUCCACCCAGUUCGAGAAUAACUCAACGACUGUAUAAUAAUGUACUGGAGAGUCUUGUCAAAGUGGUGAUGGACUCACCUCUCAACUCCUCGAGUGAUACUGGAGGUUUUCAACUUGUCUACAAGCAAAGCUCACUAAAUUUUAUUCCCUAUCUUGGUCCUGAUCUCUUUGUAUUUGGUAAACGUACGGUAGGACGAGAAAAAGAGGAUGAAAAUGUGAACAACAGUCAGACAAAUAUUUGUACUGCCUGGAGAAAACCCAGUCGUGCAUGGACAGCACCGAUUAAAUCGCACAAUAAAAAUUGAAAGAUUCUUAAUACUGGCGAAUAGGGUCAGACGAUCAUUCCAAUAUACCUUAACAGGUAUGAGUGAAUUAUUGGGAUUAAUAAUAACGCAAAUUAUAUCAAAGACAUUGGAUUUAUUGA